CUGGAGGGAAUUCCCUGGGAGAUGACGCCGCUCUUCCGACUCACUCAGCAGGGACCGUGGGACAGCCCCGACCGUCGAGCCACCGACUCGCCCUGCGAGGGGCUCCCUGCUGCGGGAGCCACGGCCCUGAGCCUGGCGAACCGCAGCCUGGAGAGCCUGCCCGGCUGCCUGCCCCGCGCGCUGCGCAGCCUCGACGGCAGCUACAACCUGCUGCGCGCCCUCGGCGCGGCGGAGCUCGGCCGCCUGCCGGAGCUGCGCGUGCUCACGCUGCACCACAACCGCAUCUCCGCCCUGCGCUGGGACCGCGGCGCGCCCACCGCGCUGCAGGACCUCGACCUCAGCCACAACCUGCUGGCGGAGCUGCCGCCCUGCGCGGGAGCCUCGGCGCCUAGCCUGCGCUCGCUGGCGCUGGCCGGGAACCCACUGCGGGCGCUGCAGCCGCGGGCCUUCGCGUGCUUCCCCGCGCUGCAGCUUCUCAACCUCUCGUGCAGCGAGCUGGGCGCCGUCGCUCAGCAGGCGUUCUCCGGAGAGGGCGGCGGGCCCCUGGCGGCGCUGGAGGUCUUGGACCUGAGCGGCACGCGCCUCGAUCGAGUUGAGUCUGGGUGGAUCAGAAACCUUCCAAAGCUCAAGUCCCUCUACCUGAGAAAGAUGCCCAGGCUGAAGACACUGGAGGGAGACAUUUUCAAGAUGACUCCCAACCUGCAGCAGCUGGAUUGUCAGGGAUCCCCUGCGCUUAGCUCUGUCCGCACGGAGAUCUUUCAAGACACACCCUGUUUACAGCUCCUUCUGUUCCAGAACUGCAACUUGAGUUCCUUUGGUCCUUGGACUGUGAAUUCCUCCCAGGUCUUGUCUGUCAGCCUCUUUGGCAACCCUCUCACUUGCAGCUGUGAGCUGGCUUGGCUUCUUGAGGACGCAAACAAAACUGUCUUACACAGGGCAGCAGAAACCUUUUGUGAGCCUGCCUCAGGAUCCCAAGGCCCCUUCUCAGGCCCUCUCUCCCUCUCCCAGCUGUCCAGUGUGUGCAGGUCAGAUCAAAGCACCAGCCCCCUGGCUUCAACCCCACUGCGCUUUCAUCACUCAGUCUCCACAGCAUGGACACAGGGGCCUUCCACUGGACAGAGCAUGGCCCUGUCUACUCAGUCUGGAGGAAGCCAACAAAAUAUCGCCAAGGUCCCCUCCCUCACCAUGGCUUCACUCACACAAGGAUCGUGGCUGCAUAGAGAUACUUCAGAGGAAACUGCCCAGUCCACUACUGACCCUGUGGCAGUCCACAGUCCCCCCAGGGCUCUGCCUGAUGCUGUCAGCACAGGGGCAGAGCAGACCGCCACACAUACACUUGAGCCCAGUAUCUCAUCUGCCUCUACGCCACUGGUCAGCAAGUAUCUUGGACCCUUGGCUACUUCACUGAACCCCAGAGGCGUAUCUCAGACCAACCAGAGGACACAAGCCAGCCCCAAGGCUCUCCCCUCGGAAACUCCACAAGACGAGAUCCCAGUCUUGCUAUUGGACGACAGCGAGGAGGAUGAGGCCCGGGACCAGGAGGCAGCACCUGACCAGGAUGUCUCCUGUGAUUACCACCCCUGCAGGCAUCUGCAGACCCCGUGUGCCGAGCUGCAGAAGCGCUUCAGAUGCCGCUGCCCUGGUCUUAGUAGGGAGGAUACCAUCCCAGACCCUCCCAGGCUGCAGGGGGUGUCGGAAAUGACUGACACAUCGGUGCUCAUCCACUGGUGUGCCCCCAACUCAGUGGUGCUCUGGUAUCAGAUCUACUACCUGGCAGAAGGAGGGUCUAGCAACCAGUCAGUGGUAGGCAUCUAUGCUACCGCCCGACAGCAUCCCCUCUACAAGCUGUCACCGGGCACCACGUACCAUGUGUGUGUGCUGGCAGCCAACGGGGCUGGCCUGAGCCAGCCGCAGACCUCAGGCUGGAAGAGGUCGUGUGCCGCCUUCACAACCAAGCCCAGCUCCGUGGUCGUCUUCUGGGGACUGUGUACUGCCAGUGGCGUGUUACUGGUUAGCACCAUGGUGCUAUCUGUGUGUCUCUGGAGGCGGUGCUGGAAGCCAAACAGGCAGUUCUAUGACACAAACCUGGUGGCCUUCAAAAACCCAGCCAGGGCUGAGGAAGUAGCUCGGUGGUAGUGGCUUCCUAGAAUGUACAAGGCCUUGGGUUUAUCCCUAACAUCCAAAUCAGACACAUGUAAGGCCUUGGGGUUUAUCUCUUGCAACCAAAUUAAACAAACCAGACUUUGACCACCUGAUGAGCCUCCAAACCCUCAAUUAUCGCAGCUUCUUUCUUCUAGUCAAACCACAUCUGCAUGCGAAAUGAUCGAGUACCUGAAGACAACCUGAGCUCCAAAGUCCCUGAAGCCAGCAUGCCUCAGGCACACACAGAACUCUACACUGCUUCCUUCUAACGAGUGCCACCCUUCCUCUAAAACUGUUCUCACUAACCUCAUGGGCAACAGCCUGGCACCUGUCAUGCUGUGUAGUCUCCUUGGGGUUUUUCAGCAGUGUCUCCCUCAGUACCCCAUGGGCUACUGCAUGGAAGGAGAUGGGAUAAGACAAAGAAACUGUAACAAGGAACACAACUUCCUUAGGAAAUGCUAUCCCUAAGUUUCUU